GAGCUACCUCGCACAUCGAUUCAGCGCCUGUGGUCGCACGGCCGACCUCGAUGCCGGCGCUGAUCAGACUUGGCCAGUAUUCACAGAAGUGAUGACAGUCGCGGUCCAUAUCACUUGCACCAUCUCUCUGCUACCGGACCGAGAGCCCUCCGUUGGAUGGAUUCGUGUGGCACGAAACAUGUGGCAAACGCACCAUACUCAGUAGCCCAUCCCUAUCUUUCUUGUUCAAGAACUCUUACGCUUCCGUCAUUCGACCUGCCCCUCCUUAAUCUUGUGUUGCUCCGAUCAAGUUUUCCAUUUGCCCUCAACAUCUCGAAAGCUGUCCCUGGAAGGGCUCACGCCACGAUGAAAUCAGAUGCGAAGCCAGAGGAUGGCUAUUCUAUCGAUAGCAUGCAGCCCGAGGCGGAGGCUGUUAUUGUUGAGAAGAAGGGCGGGACGUCCAUAGAUGGAUACGAGAUGGGUCGUAUGGGCAAAAAACAGGAACUACGUAGAAAUUUCAAAUUCGUCGGAAUUGUCGGGUUCGUAACAAUAUUGCAAGCUACCUGGGAGAACGUCCUCCUGUCAACCUGGUUCGGUCUAUACAACGGCGGUACAGCUGGUGUCAUCUGGUGCACCAUUGCAGUCUGGCUUCUAAUGCUUUGCAUGAUUGCUUCGCUGGCUGAAAUGGCAUCCAUGGCUCCGACCGCAGGUGGACAAUACCACUGGGUCUCGGAGUUCGCGCCCCCAUCGUUGCAGAAACCGCUUAGCUAUGUCGUGGGAUGGUGUUGCUGUCUCGGCUGGAUCGCAGGCGUUCCAUCUUGCUGUGUCCAACUGUCUGGUAUGGUACAGACCAUGGUGCUUCUGGUCAGUCCCGAGGCCGACAUAUCUCGUCUGUGGCAAUCGACGCUGCUGCUGUACUGCUUCCUCUUCCUGGCCGUAGGCUUCAAUAUCUUUUGCGCUCAACAGCUACCGCUUGCGGAAGGCAUUCUGCUCUUUGUCCACGUUCUCGGGUUCUUCGUUUUUCUCUUGAUCUUCUGGAUCAUGGGUGACCACGCACCUGCGCAGCGUGUCUUCACAGAGUUCCAUGAUGGUGGAGGCUGGGGCAAUACAGGACUGUCUUGCCUUGUAGGCUUGGCCACACCGGUGUGGUGCUUUAUUGGCCCUGACGCUGGAGCCCAUAUGUCGGAAGAGUUGAAGGAUGCAUCCUUGCAAUUACCACGAGCGAUGAUGUGGGCAACGGUGCUAAAUGGAGUACUCGGGAUCACGAUGCUGAUCAGUUUUUGUUUUUGCAUCACUGACAUCGAGUAUCUCGUCAACCUGGAGAGCGACUUCCCGAUCAUCGACGUGCUUUUGAGAGCCACAGGCUCAAAGGCGGCCACGUGCGUCCUGGGUGCAAUGCUAGUUGUACUGCUCUUCUUCUCCACCGUGACCACCACCGCCAGUGCCUCCAGGCAGAUUUGGGCGUUCUCCCGAGACCAGGGCUUUCCAUUCUCCCGUUGGAUUCGUUACGUAAACCCUCGGAUGGAGGUACCAGUGAAUGCUGUCCUAUGCUGCCUGGUCGUAUCAGCUGUGAUCUCGGCCAUCAAUUUCGGAUCUGACACGGCAUUCAACGCUGUCGUCGGUGUCUCGAACGCUGCCCUUGGUUUCUCAUACAUUGUGUCGAUAGGCUGCCUGCGCUUGAAGAGACUCCGAGGCGAAGCUCUUCUGCCGGCACGCUGGUCGCUCGGAUGCUAUGGCGGUAUCAUCAACGACAUCUCGCUAGCCUUUUUAAUGGUGAUUUUCGCCUUCUCCUUCUUCCCGACUGAUGUACUCCACAACCAUACGCGAUGGACCGAGAACUUCAAUUGGGCUAUAGUCAUAUUUGGUGCAACAUGUAUCAUGGCUGGCACAUAUUACAUUCUUGGCGGGCACCGAAGAUAUGUUUCGCCGGCCUCGAUGGUCAGAGCGGACUAAGGUAGACAGGUAGGAUUUUAAGUGUGGGUGAGGGUGGUGAGGGUGGUGAGGGUGGUGAGGGUGGUGAGGUCACUUCGUGAUUGUGGUGUUUUAUCCAUGAUUUGUUGUGGUCACUGGUAGAGGAGGAACGAACCUGUUUGUCUCAGCGGGGUGCGGCUCCGAUCUCGGGAAGGUCCGUGAUCGCCGAUCCGGUCCGACGAGCAGGCACGCUAUAUAGGUAGGUUUUUGUUGGAGCCUUGGAGCCUUGGAGUUGUCGAGGACAAGGACAAGGACAAGGACGAGGACGAGGACAAGGACAAGGUCAAGGACAAGAACAAGAACAAGAACAAGAACAAGAACAAGAACAAGAACAAGGACGAGGGCGAGGACGAGGUCGAGGAGGUGAGGACGAGGUCAAGGCUAAGCGAAGGGCCAAGGCCCAGGGAGGAAGACGCGGUACUAGACUCCAUAGGCUCGUUCUGUCCAGAGGGAGACCCCCGCGGGUUUCGAAGACAUUACUCUAAUUCAGGUAUAUUAUUAUAUA